UCCAGUGAGAGUCUAACCAAAACCACCGUCGUCCGUCCUCUUCCCCUUCGUCUCCUCCGCCGCCGCGAACCCGAUCUCGAUCCCCUCCCAUGGCGGCCGCCCUCUCCUCCUCCCGGAGGGCCCUCCACGCCCUCCACCGCCGCCUCCUCCUCCACCCCCUCCCCUCCCGCCACGCUCCCCCCAUCCCCCGCCACCACUUCCCCUCUCCUCCCUCCUCCUCCUCCUCCUCCUCCCGCUUCUUCACCACCACGCGCCCCGACGCGAGGCUACUACAGCUGCAUGCGCGGCGGCUCGUGGUGGGCGGGGCAAGGUCGUUCGCGGCGGGCGUCGGCGGCGGGGGGUCGUCGAAGCUGGCGCCGCUGGGGCAGGGGGUGAAGGGGCUGGGGCUGGGGCGGCCGCUGGACGCGGCCAAGAACGCGGCGGCGAGGUACCGGGAGGCCGUGGGGCUGCAGGUGGAGGCGUUCUGGAGGCGCAACUACAUGCUGCUCGUCGGCGCCGGGGCGGUCGUCGUCUGCAUCGCGCUGUGGAGGGUCAUGUUCGGCAUCGCCAGCACCUUCGUCGGGCUCUCCGAGGGCAUGGCCAAGUACGGCUUCCUCGCCCUCGCCACCGCCAUGGUGGCGUUCGCCGGCAUGUACACACGCUCAAGAUUCACCAUAAAUCCUGAUAAGGUUUAUAGAAUAGCAAUGACAAAGCUCAACACAUCUGCUGCAAUCCUUGAAGUCAUGGGUGCACCCUUAGCCGGUACUGAUGUCAGAGCAUAUGUCAUGUCUGGAGGGGGGCCUAAACUCAAGGACUUCAAAUUUAGGCUUGGUGGCAAAAGGUGCUUUCUGAUCUUCCCCAUUAAAGGAUCAGAAAGAAAAGGCCUUGUAAGUGUUGAGGUCAAGAAGAAAAAGGGACAGUACGACAUGAAGCUACUCGCUGUUGACAUACCAAUGGCGUCAGGACCUGAUCAGCGGUUAUUCCUUGUCGGUGACGAGCAGGAGUACAAGGUGGGUGGGGGUUUGAUAUCUGAGCUGCGGGACCCUAUAGUAAAAGCUAUGGCUGCAGAGAAGGAGUUUGAUUAUCUUGAUGAAAGAGAGGAUGCGGAGGAUGAAGCGAGGGAGCGUGAGGAGGCUGAGCGAAGACAACAGGAAGAGGAAGCUGAAGCAUUGAGGCGUGAGGAGGAAAGAUUACGUGAGGAGUACGAAGAAAGGAAGCGGCAAGAAGCUGAGAACCUGGAGAAAACCACUUGACACAAUUAACCGCAUCGAUUUUUUCGUGUUGUGCAUUUUGUUCUUCCCCAACACUCCACACUAAGUAGCAACCAACGUUUCAACAGCGACAAAUGAUUGCAUCUGAGUUUCAGAGAGGCAAUUUGACUUCACCAUGCACAGCGUGUGAAGAAAGUAAUAAUUCUUUUUGCUGCUCCACAACGGAUUUACUCUGGAGCUCGCUGUAACUCACAGGUUGCUUCAUCGGGCCCUUUUGCAGUUCUGUUGCCGAUCUGUGGUGCUAGCUUCUCAA